GGGGAAGGGAGCUGGGAGCCUCUGAUGAUGAAUUUUGACCAGAAGGCUGUGAAAUUCCUAGCAAAUUUUUACAUCAAUGGAGGCAAACACUGGACUCAUGGCCCCCUAAGGCAGAAGGCACUAGAGCCCAUCCAGCCCAAUGUUGCUGCAUUGCUGUCUGACCCAGAGCUUGGCACAGCCUGGGAUGAGAUGUGCUCCCCAAAGAGGAAAGAGGUCCCAGCCACCCUCCGGGUAUGCAAGGAUACCCCCCAGCAGUCCUCACCUGCGUACACCCAGACCCUGAGGGCGCUAAUGCUCGAGCGACGGCCCCCCAUCCUGACCGACCUGGACAUCCCUGGCCCCACCAAAUACCAGGUGCCUAGUGCAUCGAUGCGAGAAUCCUCCCCUCACCCCCAGUACAGCAUAGGCCACAAGCUCGAAGGCCGAGAGGGCGGCGGCCGCCGGGCGUGGCAGACCCAGUGGUUCCAGAGUGAGAGCCCCUUCACGCAGAAGGCCGACUUUAACCGAGAGCUAAAGUGGCCGUCGCCAGCCGACUACCAGCCACUCAGUCGGCCUGCCUUCCCGGCCUUCAGCUUCGGAGUCCCCAGGUCCACGGCUGGGAGACCUGAGAGCCAGGCCUACCGCUGGCAUCUCAGGGACAGGGGACCGGGUCCCCGGGCCCCGACCCUGCUGCAGUCUUCCCUGCGGGCGCGCGGCGAGAAGCGCCCCAGCCCCAACACCUACAAUGUCCUGCCUGGGUGCUGCCUGAGGAGCGCCCGCUCGCCUGCCUUCUCUAUGAGCCGCGCCCCCGCGUUUGCCUCCUGGGUCAGCUCCUCCCGAACCCCCGGCCCGGCCGCCUACUAUGUGGAGGACUGCUAUAACUCUCGCUUCCCCUCAGUGCCUGGAGUGGUCAUCCAGGGCGUGCGCAGACCCAAGCGACACGACACAGGCCCCUUCUGCUCACUCUAG